UUGGUUUAAUUAUAACUAUGCUGUUGUUAACUAUGUCGAUACCGGCUCGACGUCCCGUUGCUUUUCACAAGACAUUAAGCGCAUUGCGAUUCGCAACUGAAUUAAAAAAUGUUCGACAGAUCACUACAAGCGCUUCAAUGAAACAGAUUAAUAUCAAAACUCGAAAGGAAGAACGUUACCGGCUGAGCGAUAAAGUUCCUAUUGAUUACCGGAUUAUAUACCGAGCCCCGAUGGAAUAUUAUUUAUCUGCAUGUAACUUGGUGACAUCAUUCAGCUUUGCUGCGAUGGCUGGCCUAACUACGUACUCUUAUCUGCGCAGCUAUAAUAUAAUGGUUGGACCGUUCGCCGUGGAAUAUGGACCCCUGACUGCGAACGAAAGUGACUUAGUGGUGUUUUUGGGAUUUUUUUUGCUGGCUAACGUAGUGAUCCGUGUUAUCGUGAACCGUUACCCAUUGCGCAUUUAUCGGAGCAAUGACAAAUAUCUUGCGGUAUUCGAGGGCUAUUUGCCACUUACUCGUAAAAAGAUGCUAUUUCAAAAAGGAGACGUCUGGCCUGUACCAGAAGGCGGUAUUCUUCCCUGGCAGUAUGCACGAUAUAAAAUGAAUGGCAAACAAGUGCUUCUGAUGCAAGAUUAUUUUCGAACACCAUCCGAAUUAAGUGCCAUGUUAAAAAAGUGAACGA